CCCGCCGCUCCAGACCUGGGAUGAGGGCAGCGCGACCCUCCCCAUCUUGUUAUUGGUACUCAGCCGCUGGGGACACUGACUGAAUGUUCGCCCCUAACUUACCCGGAAAACACGAGAACUAGUUCGAUGUCGUUUCAACCUCACCAAACUCUGCGGGAACUUACGAAAUUGUCUCUAGUGUCUAGAUAAGGGAGCUGUUAACACGGAGUUGAAGUCUCUCACCUCCUGUUGUACGCCUCCCGGAAGCAACACCGGGAGUCAACGGGAUCCAAAACCAGAGCCCAACCAGUAUCCUAUAAAGUCUUAAAAGAGGGAUCCCCUCCAGGCUGGGGAGAAACAGGACAACCUAACAAAAUAGGGCCUGGACUCUUCCCUAAACAGACCACGUUUUUCUCCGCUCUUCCCCUUCCCACUCCCUGAAGUCUAGACUAAAACUCUUUUAAGAUAACUGCGAGGUAUAAAGUACGUCUAGAGCCUAAAGCGGCCCGUUGCCAGAUUCUACUCCUCAGGCCUCAAAUGUGAGCUCCCAAACAUUUUAGAGCUGAACCUGGCGGGCAAGGCCCCCGAUCACGUGAUCCCGCCCCCCAACUCUGGGCGGAAGAGGCCGGCGACAGCGCUGCACGAAGCGAGUGGGCGGGCGCUCGAGCCCGGCUAAAAGAUGGCUGCUGCCGCCAGGCAGCCACCGCCUGGGAGGUUACUGUAAGGCCCGCAACUCCCGCCAGCUCCCGCGGACCGCUGCCGCCUCCUUACCAUGAAGCCAGUGAGUCGUCGCACGCUGGACUGGAUUUAUUCUGUGUUGCUGCUUGUCAUCGUUUUAAUCUCCUGGGGCUGCAUCAUCUAUGCUUCAAUGGUGUCUGCAAGACGACAGCUAAGGAAGAAAUACUCAGACAAAAUAUUUGGGACGAAUGAAAAUUUGUAACUCCUCUGGAUUUACUUCUCUGAAAAUACAGUUCUUUCCCUCAUGCUUAGGUAGAUUUAAAAGUAAAAUUCAUAAUGCAAAGUUCCCAAGUUUAUUUUUGAUUAUCUUUAUAACAAGCACUAGUAUGCAAAUUUGCAGAAAUAUCAGGCACAUUUCACACCUCUUUUGCAGUUUUUGGUUUAGUUGCUGCUUGCCAUCGUUUUAAUCAACUGGGGCUGCAUCAUCUAUGCUUCAAUGGUGUCUGCAAGACGGCAGCUAAGGAAGAAAUACCCAGACAAAAUCUUUGGGACCAAUGAAAAUGUGUAACUCCUCUGGAUUUAAUUCUUUGAAAAUACAGUUCUUUCCCUCAUACUUAUGUAGAUUUAAAAAUAAAAUUCAUAAUGCAAAGUU